UGCCGACCGAUGUUCGCAACUGGUAAUCCGCUGUUGUACAGAAGUCUCAGAUGUCACGCCUCUGUCGUGAUUUCGCUGUUUCAGACGUAAUUACGUCCACAAAUGAACAUUUUUGGGGAUCGACAACUUGUUAGAAGGUCUGGGGUAGUUAUUCACGCUGAAGAAGCCCUCCAGAGUAAAGUGGUUGCAUUGUAUUUCUCGGCGGGAUGGUGUCCACCUUGCAAUCAGUUUACGCCAGUUUUGGCGGAAUUUUACAACGAGCUUAAAGAGAACGAACUACCCUUCGAGAUUGUUUUUGUUUCAUCCGAUAAAACGGCAUCAGAUAUGGAGACAUACAUGAAAAAAUGUCAUGGUGAUUGGUUAGCUGUUCCAUUUGGAAGCGAAAUGAUUCAAGAGCUGAAGAAUCGUUACCAUGUCACAGCGAUUCCUAAGUUGAUUGUCGUGACAGAUGACGGAGAUGUCGUGACAGCGAUGGGAAGGAAAGAGGUAACUGAAAACGGACCCAAGUGUUUCACUCACUGGGCACACGCUAUCGCCAUAGCAAGAGGAGAAGUUGCUACAACUGUGACUAAAGCGAGUGGUCGCUUUACUGCCGGCUUUGAAUAAAUUGAAAAAAAAAAUAUUCAGUCAUAUAAAGAACCUUUUGAUAUGCUGUGUAAGACUCCUACAAUGGGCUACAUGGACUCAGGUCGUUUUUACUCGGACAUAAACCGAUGCAGGCAAUUCAUAUUCAAUUAGUGUGAUCAUAAAGUAGCAGCUUACAUAAUAUCAUUUAACUGAUUAAAGUCUCACCACUGUCAAAUUUAUAAACUCAAUACUUAUUUAUAAACUCGUAUGCAGAUCCUUCCGUGUAUGGCGGUGAAAGGUCUGGCUGUAGGCUAACUUGUAUAUCUGUA